CUGUAGUUACGCGUGGUGGGGGCGCGGCCCGGGCCCCGCGUUAUCUUCCCCAUCGCGCGGCGGCGGCGGCGUCGUCAGGUCCGUGGUGACCGCUCUCCCGCUCUUCUUGCCGCCUCGGCGUCCUCCUCCUCCUCCCCCCCCCACGGCUCCCCAGCCUCCUCGUCGCCUCGGCGUCCUCCUGCUCCACUCUCCCCCCACGGCGCCCCAGGCUCCUAGCUGCUGAGGCCCGAGUCGCGCUGUCUGUCCGCGACGUUUCGCCGCCGGCACCAACUGCAGCUUGAGGCAUGACAUCGUUCCCAGUGUUCCUCGUGUCUGCGAGCACCGUCUGGUGGUCACUGCUCUACGUCGUCCUCUACCGCCUCAACCCAUCGCACGGCAAAGAGUGGAACUGCCGACUCGUCACCCUACUUCACGGAUGCCUCAUCGUUCCACUGUCAGCUUACAUCGGCUUCAUCGCAGGCCCUUGGCCGUUUACACAUCCAGGUGGCCCUAAUUCAGAGCUGCAAGUUUUUGCCUUGUCUUUCUGUCUGGGAUACUUCAUAUUUGAUUUAUUGUGGUGUGUCUCAUAUGGAAAUGAAAGCAUCGUAAUGCUUGCACACCACAUAAUAAGCAUUUUAGGACUGGUAGGAUGCCUGUUCCUGGGUGUAUCUGCAACAGAGACAAACGGUGUUAUAUUUGGGAGUGAAAUUACCAACCCUCUACUCCAACUCCGCUGGUUUCUUCGUAAAAUGGGACGGUAUGAGGACACCAACCUUGGCUUGUGCCUGGACGCCACGUUUGUGACGUUGUUCUUUUGCGUCCGAAUGGGAGUUGGCACUAUCCUUCUUGUCUGUGUGCUGAGAUCCCCCACACCUAUACUCGUGAUGAAGAUCAGUGGUGUGGGAAUGUACACCAUUUCCUGGCUGUUCAUGGUCAACAUUUCUAAAUAUGUAAUGCGAAGAUAUCGAAAACUCAAACAGGCACGCAAACCUUGCAAUGUCAUUUCAUCAUCAAGUCCUGCACAAGAAGACAGUGAAAUUGAAACUGCUGAAAAUGGACUUUCUUCCAACCCUGAUGUUUACAAGAAACAUAAUUGAAGGGCAUAAUGUAGGUUUUGUAUUUUAUUCAAAAAAUAAUUAUCUUGCCUUUAAUAUUUUAGACGUAAUAUAUUUUCAAUGCUGUGUUCAAAUAUUAAUGAGGUUUUAAAUGGCAAUGGUAAUGUAUGUACAAAUAAAAUAAAACUUAAGUGGUAAUUUUGACCAGAAGGAAGAUAGUAUUGAUGUCACUAUGUACAACCUAUGAACUUUGACAUAGGUUUUAAAAACUGACCAAAAAUUUAUUAUGCACUAUAUUUAAAGUUUGCAAAAAAUAUUAAAUGGUUGUUGUUAUAAGUGUCCCACGCCGUUCCUUCAGCUGCUGUGAAAGUGUUUUACGAGGAAUGUAUGAAUGUAUGUUGAACUUCUUUAACACCGUACUAGCCAACUGCAUACCUGUCAACACCUUAUCGGUGCCUUAUAGAGACCAAUUCAGACCUUAUUGGUAACCCCUUGCCCUUAUAAAUAUCAAGUGUUCACCCAACAAAGUCGCAUCACAAGGGAGAGACAAAACAAAUGUCCGCAUUGAAACGGCUGUACGCCGAAUGGACCUGAAACCUCAAUUUCCCUGUGCAAGAAUACGGGUAAACCAUAUGGAUUCACAGGGUAUGCAACCGUGCUAAAACGUAGGUGUGGGAAUGGAUGGGUAUGCUGCACGAGUUAACUACACUCGAGGACAUUUAAUUU